AUACAGAGCUGGACUUGGCUGCCAGCAAUCACCGACCAUGUUGUCAUCCCCUGGACCUGGACCUUGUCGCCGUAAGCGUGGUGGCAGAGCGUGGCACCGCGAGUACUUUGCCGACCACGUCCGUUACGAGUCGGGCGACCCAUGUGCGAUGGUACGCGCCGGACAGCGCAACGCCCGCGUCAAGGUCUGGUGCAAGCGGUGUCUCGAAGCCCGGGUGGAGGACGUCGUCCGCGUCGAGACGCAGCAGUAUGAGCGAGGCGAGCUCGCAGCUGUUCGCGAGAGAGACCUCGUUGUCGCGGAAUUGUGGAACGCCACGGACGCGGGCUGGAUACCCUGCGACACUUCACGUUGCCUCGUCCAUCUCCGCGACUGCGAGCUCCAGCCGCCUAGCGUCCGAGAGCGUGCGCGCUCACAGAAGGAGGAACAGAACCAAGCACGCCGCGUGCCGGAUAAUGCAUCGCCUCCGGAUGUCCCCUCGCUUCCGGAGGCGAAUGGUGUCGUCACGGAAAGGACUGCGUCGAUGUCGGUCUCGCUUGCUUUGCCGCCCGUGGCCCUGCCGGUUGUCGUACACCCCGUGGUGCUCGUAUACCCUACGGGUUAUUUCAGUGCCUUGCAGAUGCAGACGACUCCG